ACGCAAUCGAACCAUCCAAGAGCCGACAUGUGCCUCCUUCAGCAGAAAAGCAAGUCCGAGCAGGAGCAGAGUCCUGGCCAGGAGCUGCCUCGUUCACCCACCGCCGCAUACGCCAUGUUCUUGCACCGCGAGGAGCUGAGACGCCGCAAGGUCCAUUCUUCGAGGGCUUCCGUGACCAAGAUUCAUCUGACCACCGAGCUAAUCGCCAGGACUAAGCAGAACAUCAGGCAGUGCAGCUUCGAGGAUCUAGAAAUCCUUGCCCGGGAGACGCUCUUCAAGAAGAGCCUGCAGCGCCACCUCCACUACAGACGCAUGCAGAUGCAACAAUGGAUGAUGAACAAGAAGAAAACACUCCCGAAAGAAAAUAAAUAA